AUGGUAGUUCCUUCUGAGAAAAAGCCUCUGAGAUCCUGUGCUAGAUGUCGAAAAAAUAAGAUCAAGUGUGAUUCUUUCAUUAGAAGGCCUGAGCCUUGUUCGAGCUGUGUUAAGAAAGGAGUCGAGUGCCAUGUCGAUUAUGUGAACCCGCCGCAGAGAUCGCAAGAGAUGAAGGUGCUGUUUGAUAAUAUUAAAUAUGCGAAGGAACGGAUCUCUUCGCUAUGUGCCGUCUAUGAUAGGCUUUUGGAGGAUGCACAUGUGGGGAGAAGUGAUAUGCAGGUGAGGAAACUGGACAGUCCGACAAGGAUUUUGAAGAUUCUUGAUAAGUUUUAUUUAUUUGUUAUUGAUGAAGAUGCUGGAUCAUUCUAUGUCAAUAACUACAAAAUUGAUUUGAGACUGUUAGAGGAGUCUUUUGAGCAUUUUAGGAAGUUGAUCUCGAAGUCUCUAGAGAUCUAUGUGACGUGGGAAAACGUGCGAGAUAUCGAGGGAAGGGAACUGGAUUUGUUUAUUUCGCAGUUCAGUUUAGAGUCUAUGGUGGAGAAUAAUCAAUUGCUGUUGUUGAUUUGCAUAUUGAACUUUUAUUUUGAUAUUCCUGGUUUAGAUUACUUGAAAAUUUACAAUCAUGUUGUGGAUAGUUAUUGUGAUGGAGCGUCGAAGAACGGGACAGCUGGUUCAAAAUUUCUGAGCAAAUCGCUGCUGGCGAAAUUGGUCAUUGGCGACUCGUACGGCUGGCAUUUUCACAGUGAGAUGUUUAUCAAGCAUUUCACAGUUUAUUUAUUUCUGCAUGUUGUGCUGUAUGGUCCGCAGCAUUUUAUGGCCUGCUUUAUGGACAGGUACAUUCGUAUCCUUGAGUCGCUGAGGAAGAAGAUAAACUUCGAUAAGAACUGGGAAGUAAAGUGGGUUAAUUUUUAUAUUCGAUUAUUGAAUUUGGUGGAGAGCAGGGCAUCGGGCGAAGAGGGGCGAAGUGUUGAUGAAGUGGUGCUUGAAGUCAUGCUGAAUGAUGUUUAUGAGAAGGAUGAUCUUUUGAGCAGCUUCAUUUGCUUAGUGAAUAUCGACCAGUAUCUAGUGGAAAGGCGGGCUUGGCCGCUUGGUAAUUUCUCAAAGUCGGUCCUACAUAGAAUAUGCAAGCGGGUAGGGAAUGUUCUGGCUAUGGAUUUUUCUGGCACUGAAAGGCCGUCGUUUCUGGAACUACUGUUCGCGCAAUUACUGAGCCUUAACAAGCUGCUGUGCAUUAACAACCAUUUUGCAUGCGAUUUGGAUGAUCAACGAAUGAACGGAUUCAACCAGCAAGUUUACGUGGAGGUGGGGGACAGACAGAUGGAAGCUGCGUAUUCAUGCCAAGCUGAAUAUCAUCUUGUCUCCGGGUAUGACGAAAACGAGAAUGGCUAUGCAUUGAAGCUGGCGGGGCCUGUUGUUGGUAAACACAGGUGUCGACUGAGCAGCAGAUGUCUCAUUGAUAUUGUCGAGAGCGAUCUGGACGCCUACAGGAACCGAGAUGACAUGGCGCUGAAGAUCCUGAAGUCUAGUUGUCUAUUAAUAUGGUCGCUGUACGAACACGUUAUAUACUACGAGACGCUGAACCGCGUGUUAUACUACGUGCCGUUCGAGUGGAACGCCCAGCUGUUGCUCGAGACCAGCGGUCUUGUCUGCCAGCACGACGACCAGCGCGCCCGAGUCAAGCUUGCGCGGGAGAACAACGGCGCGAAGGGAGAUGCUGGCAUCGACCGAAUCCUGAACGACGUAGACUGGAUGAAAGAAAGUGCAGACGACGUGCUGCGAAAGAUACACGGCGUGUUGAACUAA